GCUUCUCUCUUCCUUCCCCUUUUCCCAACCCCCUCCCCACAGAGGAGUUUAAUUUUAAAUGAUAAAUGUGGAAAUUAGAGACCGUCGAGAAAAUCCAAUUUGGUGAGGAGUUUUAAAAAUCCCAUAAUAAACGCAGAGUGAAAUGUAUGAUUUAAUGCGGGGCGCCAAUGGCUGCUAUUAUGUGCUAUUAGCAAAUCGGGGUUGAGAGUGAAUCUUUAUCACUUGGUGAGUGCGGGCUAGGCCUGCCUUUGCUUCUGCUAUUGAUUUGUAGCCGCUUGUCAUAAUGACAUCGGGAAGCAAUGAAUGGAAGAUGUGCUUUUGAUAGGAUUGAAGGGGUGCAAAGGGGGGAGAAAAAAUUCAGCAAGUUUUCUAUCUCUUCUGCCUGAUUAGAUUUUUUUCUUCUUUUAAGAGCUUUCACAUUCCAAUAAAAAUGCUAAAUCAGCUCUGAAGCAGAAUUGUUAGGGAGUAAAUAGCUAGUCACAUUUAAAGGAGGAAAAGAUCUGACUUUACGGCUCUGACUUUACAGCAGUGGAUGAAUCUAAAGAAUAUUUCUGGCUCCACAGAAAUGAUAGCAGUGGGUGGUGUGAGGGUGGGUGAGCGCUGGGUAAGAGCACAAGCACGGAUGGCUCUGCAGACAGCCAGACCCACAGAGCUGGUACACACCGACAUGUGCGCAUGAUGGGGCUCAUCAGGAUGCACAGGAAUUAAAUCUCUGAAGUGUCUUUAUUCGAGAAAAGGAGUGUGUGUUUCUUGAUCUCUGAACCAAAAGUGCCUGAAAUUAAAAGGACAGACUUUGCCUUAUAGGAACACAUAAUAAAAGUCUUCUUUGCAUCUGGGAAAGGGAGACGUUUGUCACUUUAAUUAUAGGCGUUUCUCAUCAGAAACCUGAACCAAGGUUUGAUAGAAGGGAGUAUAAUUGCUGCACUGUUUGGAGAAUGCAGCGUGCCUGUAUUGGAGGGUUUUCUGGAAGUAAGACAAAACACAUGUAUGCUCAAGAACGUAUCUGAGUAUGAGGCUACUUGCAGUCGUCCCCAUCAAUUUGCAUUUCUGAUCAGUAGAUCCAUGGCAUUUUCAUUUCCUGCCUCUCCAUUGUUCUACUGUCCUUGUGAAGGAGGAACUCGCAUACGUCCUGGGGAGCAGAGCUGCACUUUGGCUUCCUUCUUAUGAAAGCCCAUACAUGUCUUCUCUCAUUGUUCUUAUUGUUAUUUAUUAUUAUUAUUACUCCAACUGCCUGUGCUGAAGAGCUGUAGGCUGAGUAAAGGUUGCGACUCUGAUAUUCAGGUCCUCCCUUUUGGCCUAACAAGCCUCAGCUACUCUUAUUUACAGAAACCUUCACGGUACAGCCGAAUGAACCUGGUUUCCAGGGCUCACUGUCAAGAGUAUGAAAUGGCAGAUUAGAAAUCAAUGCAGAGAGUCCAAGUGCCUACUUCAUCAUUCAGGAGAAAGAAAUACAGUAUUUCUGGUCUGAGCCUUGCACUCAUUAAAAUCACAUCCUUUAAAAAAACCUUUAAAUUAAAACAAUGAUCAGUGCAGAUGGGGAGAACUUCAUGCAGAGGGAAUUUUCCAAAGGCAGACAGGCUGAAGGUAGUGUGCAGAUUUAAUGUGGUGUUUAUACUGCCCACUGGUCCUACCAGGCACUCCAGGUGUAUGCAUCCUUUCGACUUCUAGCAGAUGUACAAGACUGUUUGUCUUCAAAGGCAACGUGCUAGUUGCUUAGUUAGGUGAUACAGGAGGAAAAUAUUUUAUUCCAAGUUGUUAAAACCAGACCAGACAUAGCUGUGCUGUGGUUUCACGUCUGCUUUCUCCAUUCUCACAUAUAAACCUGCACGCAACAUCACAAGCUGCUAUCCUACUGGAGAUACCCAUGUACUUGCCACGGAAAUUCAAGGCAAACUCUUGAUGCUGCUUUUUUGCUGCAGACAAAAUAGAGGGGAUUACCACCUGACCUGUUCUUGUUCAAGAGCGUCUGUUGACUAUGAAUCACAAAGGGUCGGACUCUUUAGGAAUCCAUCUCACCUCUCAAGAGCAAGUAGUUUGAGCACGCUUGUACAAACAGAACAGAUUAUUUCUACAGGCAUGAAUGAAACUGUGGGAGCCCUUUGCUAGAUGGCAAGUGCUAUUUUGGGCUGGUCUUUCAUGGUGUUUGAUAAUAAGAUAAUAACUUCAUUCUCUGCAUUUAUUUAUGAAAGUAAAUGGAGGCUAGGAAUCAACUUGGAAAUCUUUUGGCGCUCAUGCGAUAUUGCUUCUAGAGCGAUUGGUUGUGUGUUACUUCUAAAAAGAUGAAUCAGCAAAAGUACAAAAGGCAGCAUGCCAAGCUCCUUCCUAUCUUGUCCUGUUGGCUCUCAGGUGCAAAUUUUAUGGUAGCAGUAGAGGAGGCUGAUAUAACAACAGCUUUCAAGUAUGAAGAACCUGCUGCCAAGGGAAAGGGAAUAAUCUCUUUUCUGUGUUUAAGAAUUAAUGGCUUAAAUAGCAACUCGGUUAGAUCAGCAAUCCUGAACCUGAAGCCCACAUACCCCUGGGGUUCUUCUGAAAGCUCUCUGGUCCAUCUGACUGUAAGCGUUAGCAGAAAUAUGCGUUCUCUCAUUCAGUGUAACUGUUCAUAUUGCGAACUGUUUCAUAUGUAGAUUUUUGUUGUCAUCUUCAGGAGCAAGGUUAAACAUACACUGACAAGUUCCUGAGCAACCUGAUCUGAUUGACCUGCUUUGAGCAGGAGAGUGGACUAGAUGACCGCUGGAGAUCCCUUCCACCCUAAAUCAUUCUGUGAUUCUGUAUUACAUGUUUUCUGGGAGCUUGGAGACAAAAAAGACCCACAAAGCCUAUCUUACAUCAUAAAACACAUGUGCCUCUGCAGCAAUGACAUCUAAGGACUAAUCAGGUGUUGUGGACAGUAUUGUCUUGUAGUUGUGUAUUUUUCAGGUUAGCUCAUAUCUGUCCUUGCUAUGUAAACAUUUAAAUAGUCAUGUUCUUUGCGGUAGAACCCUUCUUCGGAAACUAAGGGUGUGGUUUCUGGAGCUGUUUAAACCUAGAUAACCAACCAUGCUAAAAGGGAAAGUUCCAUUCCUUCCCAGCCGUGAAAUUUGUUCUUGCUCCACCUGCACUGGUGUCCAUCAGCUGCACCAUGAGGUAAAUCAGAGAGGUGCUCAGGCCAAGAACUGAUGUUAGGUAAUGUGGUCACGUGGGAGAUGGCAGGACAUCCCCUUCUUCCUUCUUGGGAGUUAUCCAGGCAUAUUACAUUAAAUCCAUGAUAAAACCACAGUGUGACAUUUGAUGAAGGGUGCAGGAUGCUCACUCUUAACUGCUUUGGGGUGGAAGGAUGACAAGGUGGACUCUAUUUUCAGUGAUCAAGGAUUGUGGUGUUAAAGCUAACAGGCAGCAUGACAGCCAUACAUCACAUAAGUGGAGCGCUCGCUCCCACGUGCUCUGUUGGGAGGCAAUGGUUCUGUGGGACACGUGCCAGGCGCAUCGCGAGCCUCCUGUGACCAUAUAUCUGGCCAGGCAGGCAGGAGGAGUGUGUUAAGUAGUAGCCUCGCUUGCAGGCUUCCGGGAUGACAAAUAUUCCUUAAAGGAGUCCAUUAAAGUAAAAUAAACCCAUCUUAAUGUACAUAGGGAACAUAUAUAACAAAAUAUAUGGAGCACGUGUACAUUAGCUGUAUUUAAAACCUGAAUUUGUGAGGAUGGCAUAGCAUCUACUUUGUAUAAGGUGCAUUCAGAGCUGCUCAGUGGAAGACAGUGUGCCUUGAGACAAUUCGUUGUCUUCUGUGUAUGUUCACAUUCUCAGUUACGUAUGAAAGAUACAGGGCAACAAAGUACUUGUUUUCAUGGAGAUGUGAUCCAGCUAGUCUGUUGAGCCUUUGGAGAAUGCACUUUUUGCUUCUGGAGCCUAGAUAGCCUUUCUAAUCACAAAGACACAUGAGAAAGUUUUAGAUUUUAGAAGCUGACUGUCCUCUUACCAUAUUCCCAGGGCAGUUUUGCCCCACACCUCCACAACCUUUUGAGCAGCUGGUCUUUCACUGAGUCUACACAGCUCAUUCCCCAUUCAUGAAGUCCGGGCUCCAGACUGUGGACGACAAACAGGCUUUGCAUAUAUUAGUGGCUAGGAAAGAUGUACUUGGGAAAUGUGCAAUGACUUAGAUGUAACCCUCUGAAUACCUGUGAGGGAACACGGCGUUCAGUCGGUGCUGAUUGAAAUAGGAUAGGCUCAGCGUGGUGCUGUGUUCGUAUGGCAGUUGUCAUUGCUUUACUCGUAGGGUUUCCUGGCCUGAGUGAUGCAGAUUAUCUGCCUUGCUAAUGCUGAGCAUCAUAUAGCGAUCUGCAAAAUGUUUACUGGAGUAGCAGUAAGCGCAACUUUAAAUACCACCUCUUUAUUAUUCAACCUGUACAACUGAUGCUUGCUUGAGCAUGGAGCUAUUUAAUCUAUACUUAGCUGGAAUUCCUCACCCUUCGUCCUGUAGGCUGUAAUGCUAGCAAGUGGGAAUAUGCUAAUAAAACGUACAGAUAAUUCUGAUGCUGCAGUGUGAGAAUGUUCACACAACUGCCCUGACUUCGCUGUCUUUUCCUAAUGCAUUUAGGAGGCAGAUGAAUGUACACAGCACCUCCUGGUCCUGGCUCUGGAUAGUGAUUGCUACGGAGGCAUGGCCAGCCAAGUGCCAGACGCUUAGUGGUACCAGGCAUGUGUCUUGCAAUUAUGGCAGCAAAAGUGUUCUCGAAAUGUCGGGUCCUGAAGUCACGAGCUGUGCACACCUUUUUCCCAGUGCAGGAGUCCCUUCAAUUGGGAUGCAAUCUGUCCUGAAAUAUCAAAAUAAAAGCAGAGCUUGUCUCAGUGUUUGUGGAAAGGCAUUGUACUCCUGAAGGAGAUCUCCUUGACACCUGUGCAUAAGCAGAGCUUCAGAAGCAGAAAUCUCCCAGCCUGCUUGCUGGAGCUGGGCAGCGUGUUCUCUGCCUGUUAGCAAGGUUACAAUGCUUUGUUUAUUGUGAUAGCAUCGCUUAUUUGUAAGGACCCUCUCAAACCCUUGGGAAGGGGAUUCAGAAUGCAAAGUGUUACCAUCAGAUCUGCAGGUUAAGGGGAUAAACACAGUGGGAAUGUUCUCCAUGUCCUGAAAAAGAAGGUAAGGUGGAUGCUCUGGGAGACAGGGAACUUUGCUGUAAUUAAGGUAGGUUCCAGUGAGGCUUCAAUGGGUGGGAGAAGCAAGUACAGAAGUACUAGUAAUCUGCCCACCAUGCUGCUCUGAAAGUAGGAUGGUGUUACUCCCUCCACACCUAAGGAGCAGGGAAAGCUGCAGCCCUGUCCAAAGUGACGUAGCUACAGCAGACAAGUGUCAAUGUUGAAGCAUGACAGUGGCAAACAAGGAAGGGAGAACAGGAGCUUCAGGUUCAGCAGUGCUGAUUUUUCAAGCAACACAAAACCCGUCAUAACACCCGAGUGGAGGGAGGAGAGUUGGGAAUGGAGAAGGAUAUCUGAAGUUAUGAGUGCUGAAGGGUGCCUGGAGACAGGGCAUAAAGACUGAAGGAGCAAAGGACCAAAGAGGGAAUAUAAACUUGAAAAGUGUGCCAAAUCCUGGGUCAGUAAGUUAUGUAUGUGUCCUGAUGUCUCAGUAGAGUUGACCUGGAAGGACACGAGCACAGCACUGAAAUCUUCAACAAAAGAAAUGAGGACAGGUCGAGAACAGAGCUUUGUGUCUGGCAAACAGCUCAUCUAAUGGAGGCGAGAUCCUUGCUGCAAGUUAUCCUAAAUACGUUACAGCGUAUUGCAUGAUUUUAACAGGAAAGCGGAGUGAUAGAAUAAUACUUGAUAAAAUCACUGUGGUAAAGAAACCUACUUGGAGGGUGAAAAAUGUCAUGGCGUGCUGGUAUGGAGAGAGAUGAGAGCUGGACUGAAAGAAGGGAAAAAUGUAGGAUGGAGGAGAGAAUGAUGAAGCUCAGCUGACCUUGUCUUGGUUUGGGCAUCAUGUUUAAGGACUCUUGCAGCACUCAGCAGCUGGUGAAGCUGGUGCAGAUAGCAAUGUCUCUACCAAUGCUGGAAAAGGAAUAUUUCAUUGGCCAUAGUGCUCUCUGGGUGACACCUCUGUUUCCUAUAGAGACCCCUGAAGAUAAUAGGAUCUGGGCUCUCAAGAGAGGCACCGUGCAAACAAUUCAUCUGGAACUAAUGGGGUUUUUGCCAUUGAUUGGACUGUGCUUUUUCUAUAGACCUCCUGCGCCAGCUUAAACGUCUAGUGAGAUCCCAAUUGCGCUGUAAUCAUUUCCACACUAGGCAACAAAGGUUGCUAUUUAAACCAAAAUUUAGUCUGAUAUAGCUUCCCUGGCAAAUAAGCUUGAAUAAUUACUGCAUUUUAACAGUAAAAAAGUAUCUGUCUUAAUUACAUUUCAGAGGAUUAAAAUCUACCACCUUGUCGAAGUGCAGAAAGAACAGUUGGCAAAAUGAGGUUUCUCUCUACAUCCUAAAUGGAAUCUGUCUUCACAGACCUCAGUUAGUUCUUAGCCUGCUUAUUCCUGUGUUAAUUAAAGACAGCCCUUCAUAGGGACUUAAUUGAGGAGAGGAGGGAGGCAGCAGCUAUGCUUGCUCCCAUCCCUGUGAAGAUCCUCCCCUCCUUGUCUCCGCAGACACUACUUUGGCUUGCUGCCUUGGGAGGAUGAUAGUCGCUGCAGUGACUGUCUGAGGAGUGGCUUUCAUGGUGACUCACAUUUUUCAGUGCCCUUCCCUGGCUCAGCGCCCGGUGCCAACAGAACACCUUGCAGGAUCCUCAGCAGCGCAGACAACGUAAGUAGCCAGCUGUCCCUUGACGCCCUCUUCCAAAAUCCCCAAGCCCUCCGGACCCUGCAAGAGCGCCUGUGCGGCUCUUUCCCUCGCUCACCCCUCCGGAGUGCCACCUGGGUUUCACAAGUAGCACCUUCCAAAUCUCUCUGUCUUCAAGUUUGUGCAUGUCUGUGUGGCAUCCCUCCUCCUCCUUCACUCCCAUAGUGGAUCUUGUAAAGGGCUUCAGAUCGGCCCCAUUCAUCUCCCUGGUGAUAGCAGUGAAUGUAGAUAAAUCUCUGACUGCCUGCUUGCUGCUGGAGUAUGAUUUUUAUUUUGUCUUCAGUGUAUACCUAGGUCAAAAAGUGGGAUGUAUACUGACGUUGGAUGAGUGUGUGUGUGUGCCUGUGCCUUUCUCACUCUCUGUCUUUCUCUCUCACCCAAGCACACAAACGUACAUCUCCCUGCAUGUCUGUGUGUCUCUCUUACACGCGUGCACACAAAUCUAUCUCCACACACGGACGUAUGUGUGUAUACACAGAGGUAUACACGCAUCUCCGUCAUACACAACCCCACACUCACGCAUCUAAUCUGCAAUUAUCUGAGGCAUUGUGUGCAUGUGUGUAUGUGUGUCCAUACGCACACUCUUCUGUGUGCGUAUGUGCAUACACAGGCAUCUCUCGCUACACCGAUAAACAUUCCCUCUCCUCCCAGCAGAGGCUGUAUGCAGCUGUGAUCCUGCCCUAUAAGAGCGGUAUUCCUUCCUUCCUUCGGUAUGCUAUUCGGAGACCUUCAUGCUCCCUUCUCGGAGUCUCUCCCGAGCUGUAGAAUUGGCAUCUUUCCCUGAGGUUGUCCGAAUGGCAAAUGGCAUCGUCUGGAGCUUGCAUUCUUGCAGCUUCUUAUGGCAUUUCUCUCUCCAUGUCGGCUAUUCCCUUUUGUUGUUGACUGGGCUGGGUGUGGUUGGGUUUUUUUUUUUUUUUUAGGAGUUAAUUGUAAACGAACCUGAAUGGCAAACACGCCAACAGCUUGCGGUAAAAAAAAAAAAGAGGAAAAAAAAAAAAAAAAGAAAGCCCAACACAAACGCCUUCUGCUGCGACAGAUGCCCAUGUUGCCCCUGGCAUGGAGAACGGGCACAAGGGGUUUGUUGUUGAGGUUUUUUUCUGUUGCUGUUUUUAUUGUUCGCAUUUCCCUUUUUCCCUUUAUUUUUAAAGACUCCAAGAUGCCGGCCUCGGCUUGGAACGGAGCGGUGUCAUGGCGGAUACGACGGCCUUUGUCUCAGAGGGUGUGAAAGCAUCCGUUGUGCUGGCUCCACUGCGGCAGAAUGACGUUUAAAGGGGGGAAAAAGUGCUGAAAGUCCGAGUUGUGCGGCGCUGGCAGGGGAGCCCCGUCCCCACAGUGGCGUGCGUCCGAGGAAGGGCUUGAAGCGGUCUGUAAUCCUGGCACUCGCGCCUCCGGUCGCUGCCUGCCGUUUGCUCCUGGGGGUCUGGAUAAUCUCCCUUGGCUUUACCGCACUGUCUGGCCCGCGCACAGGGCCCCCGUAACAUAUACCCGCUGCCGCGAUCGCAGGGAGCUGUGGCGUUGCCACUGAAUGGAUGGCACUGUGCCAACUCCGCUGCCAUCCGCCCUUGCAGCUCUUUUCCUCCCUCCUCCCUCACGCUCUCCCCUCCUCCUCCUCCUCCCGUCGACUUGACGUUAAUUAACACAUGGGUUAAUUGAUUUUAAAAGCUGAAGAAUUACAGUUAACUUUUCCCACAGGGUACGGACGCCAGCCGCUUGGCACGGUUCUGCCGCUCACGCUGGUGCAGGGGGGCAGGGAAGAGCCCGCAGCAAAACCAGUGACUGCGGAGAGAUGGACGGACGGUCGUCCGCCUGUUGGAGUGCGGCUGGGGGCGGCUGACGUGCUCCUGCCUCGUCCUCCCGACAUGUCACCGCUAUAUUUUGCUAUAAACAAUCAAAGCAACCCCUCCCCUCGCCUCUCCCACCCACCCUCCUUUCAGAAAGGCAAGCUCUGUCGAAGUUUAAGCGGGGAAGCCGUCCCGCCCAAAGGCUUAUCGCAGCACAUCAAUGGCCACGCUCUGCGGGGUCUCGCACCGCAGGGCUCCCCACCCCGAGCACCCUGCAACUGCUGAGGUGGGGCAUCGCACGACCGCUUGCUGUUAUAGGCUCGUCCUGGCUUCCAGGGCUAUUUUUCGUUUCCUUAAUUGGCUCAGAUACAUCGUCGCUUGGGGUGAAGCAUCUCAACUGGGGGGAAAGAUAGUUUGUUGUAAUUAUGAGAGAAAUAAACCAUGUGAGUGCUUUGGUUUUUUUGUUUUUCGCUCUUCCUCGCCCCAAAUCUCUGCCGGGAGCAAGGGCGAGUGGCGGCGCGGCUGGGAGGAGAUGCAGCAAUGCUGGGAACUUGCUGCUUUCACCUUCUCGUGCUUUCAUUUUAUUUCAUUUUGUUUUUUUAAAAGCAUGAAGCAAGUGAAGCGACGAGAGGAAUCCAUUAUGCAAAUCAGGUCACAUUUGCAUAAUGUCUCAUGACUGGAAUAUGCAAAUGAGUUGUAUAAUUUAUGAGUGCCAGUGUCUGUCUAAAAGUGUUUCCCAGAAUUUAUAAAAAGUGAGACGCGGGGAGGGCAGCUGGGCUGGCUGCCCUGCCAGGAGGACUCUACGCUUUCUUUUCAAAGUCUUCCUUGAGAUCAGCAGCUCAAACGCUCAUUAAUGAGAAACAAGCCCCCCUUUCCACCCUGUCCCCCUUGGUUUAUUUUCCAUUUCUCCCUCUUCCAAGCCCCCACCUGCUCCCUUCGAACUUCUCCAGGAGGCGUUUGGCUGGUGCAGGGGAGCCGGGACUGCGACGGCCGGGCAGUCCCGCGCAGGCUGGCUCAGCCUGGCUCUCGUUCUGGAUGUCUCUGGGGCUCUCACACCAGCAGGAGAGACCCUGCCUUUCAGGCAAGUGAGCUCCGUGGGCACGGUGUGCAUCAGGGAGCUGCGUUAAGACGCUUGUCUCCGACAGGCAUGGUGGGAUUACUGCUUAUUUGCAAUGCGCCACAUCUAACUUGUGCUCUGAGUCAGAGACCCGUGCCUGACCUUCGGAAGAGCUGCAAGGUCAAUGCAGGGGUGGCACUGCCAGUGAAGAGAGACCUUGAGUUUCCUGCCCAGAGCCGGCAGUGUUCAGCUUCAGCACUGAAAAGGUCUCUGGAAUAUCUGGAAAUUCAGUGUCCUGUGCUCGGUCUCUGUGGCUACCCACCUGCUGCGUUGGAAGAAUUCGCUGCAGCUCCAUCCUUGAGACUUCCUGUAGCCUCUGCCCGCAGUUCUUGCUUUCUGUGUCUGUGGAGGCUGUUUGAAAGCCCCUCCGUGAGCAGAGGAGGCAGGUACCCUGGUGCAGCAGAGUCUCUGCCUUCCCUGAGCUGGACAUAUCACUGCUGCUGCGGGCGUGCGUGUCAGAUCACACCUACCAUAUUGGCUUCCUGUCCCCAGAACAUCAGCUGGAUGCUCAAGAGCAGAGGAUCUAUCAACUGCAGACCAAGCAGAGGGAGAGGCAGGCAGAACUGGAGCAGAAAUGCAGCCGGAUCCAGCGGCUCUGCCCGGAUGUGGAGGCCAGCCAUCAGCUGCAGGAGGAAGCCCAAAAGCAGAGGGAAAUCGCAACACCAGCUGCAUGUAAGAAAGUCCUGGAGAGAGAAAUAAAGCCAUCUGUUCUCUAUGUCCAUGAAGUCAAGAACUAAUGGGCAUAGCCUGCAUCAAGAAAGAUUCAGGUGUGAGAGCUGCAAGAAAGGGCUUGUCUAAAGGGGUACUCGUCUGGAUGCUUUAAGAAGUCCUACAACAUGUCCCAUGGGUUCCAUAUAUUGGGAGCCUUUAUGGAACUCUGACACACUGGAGAAGUUCUGGAAGAAGGUAAGUGUGAGUUGGGACAAAAGUACAGGGAAAGCCGGGAACAGUAAAGAUCACAGAACCAGAAACUAUGCUUCUUACUGUGAUGCUGCAUGCACAGGCCAUCAGUCAUCAGCGCCACCAAAGCAUGGCUGAGCACUGAACGCUGCCUGCUGCUCCAACACACAGGGGCUGUGAAAAAUCUGUGGCUUUGGUGUGUUCCUACAGCACCAAAAGAGCACAGCUCUUAAUAAUUACAAAUAUUUAAGGUCAUCCUCGCAUUCCACCGUGCAGACAUUCCCUAGUACCAUGGCAGCAUGCAAGCAGAUCCUUUGAGGGAAGUCAGGUUAGGAUUUACACUGCAAGAAUGUGCAAUUACUUUGACACGUUGCUCGCUUACAAGCACACCUGACCUGGGAAAGCAACAUCUGAAGGGCUAGAUUCCUCCAUCCCCAAGGCCCCAGCAGGCAGCAUGUCUCCACCCUUGAACAGAGGGCAGCGUGUUGCUGUUUUCAGACUGUGCUAAUCCCUUUGUGUGUUUUGAAGAUGAUGCUGUUUCCUGGUGCAUUCCACCUUGUGGCUGCACAGAUCCCUUCUGCUGGGUGGCAAUCUUAAAGGAUGCUGAUGGGAAAUCCCAGGAAGCUGGUCUCUGAUCUGAGUCACGCUGCUGGUGCAGGGAAGCACUCUGUCACAUGCAGGCAUGGCACGGGGUGUUCCCUGCAGCUUGGCACAUACUGAAGUCGAUAGCCCACAGCAGGAACUUGCAUUCAGUAUUAUGCUGCCUAAGAGGCUUAAAAUCGGCUGUGAAGUUUUCAGUAUAGCUACAAAAAAAAAACCUGUUUUCAGUUUCUCCACUGGUAGCUUGCUCCAGAAGGAGAUGGUGCGAUUUGGUGAUUGAUUCCUGGAAUCUGGCUAGCGCAUCUGCACUGGGGUAUUUGGAAUCACGUUGUGUAAUACAAAAAUACAGUCAUUCAUUUCACUCAUUUAAAGUUGUCUUGUGGGAAUGGCAGCUGCCCAGACAAAUUCCACAUGAAGAUGAGGUAUAUGACAGAGAGCCCAGUACUGCGUGCAGCAGAAAUAACAGCGCAGUUUUGCACCCACCAGGAAGCCACUUUCAUCCAUCUUGCUCUCCACAGCUUAUUGUAGGUAUUUAUACAAGUUUCUGAGAGACACCAGUUGCUGUGGCCAAAACCAGCACUCCAGUUGACCAAAGGAGGAGUAGCAUGCUUGCACCAAUUUGGGAGAUCCGCGGCGUCCUGGAAAACUCUUAAAUAGCCACUAGUGUUAGAAGCAGGUCAAGGCUCAAAGUAGCAAAUGCUGUUGGAGUAGCUGCGAGGGUUUUCUUUUGCCUAUACUGUGUAUCUUCAUAUUGGCUGGAAUGUAAAUGAGAGCUUCCUAAUCUCAGUGGGGCUGGAGCACAGACUCAGGGCAAUGAGCAAGAUGAUACAGGCAACUGAAGUCACGGCUGAGCUAACCCUCAUCCUGCUGAUGGCAGGAAAAGCUCUGCAGUUCUCUCGAAACUCCCAACUGAGCAAUCCAGGUAUGUGCAGGAGGCUGACAUCAGCGUGUGGCUGUACAGCUCGGUGUCUAUCUUCCAGCACUCCAUCUCCUCACCAGCAGCCUGCGUGUGAUAUGGCCAAAUGCUCUUCAGGACAGGUCCCGUGUCUUCUCUUUCUAAGACAUGCACUGGGCGCCCACAUUUCCAAAUGUGAGCAGCUGAUUUCCCAGCUGGGAGCUGCAGUACCUUGCCUCUCUGAGGUAUCUCCAGCCUAGGGUCUCAUCUCAGCCACUGUCUUGUCUCUGACAGUAGCCAAGAGCUGCUCUCUUGGUCAGUGUAAAAAGAGGGCAUGCAUACCAUGGUGCUGCCCAGAAUACUCUGCCAGCCUCCGGUGAGUCGCAGCUCAGAGGCUUUGGAAGCAGAAGUGAGAUCUUGCAUUUAAUCAAUAUAAGUUGAUUUUUUUUUUCCCCUCCCAUUCAAAUGUUUCAUUUCUUUCUGAAUGCACGUGAACUUUGGGAGCCCAACAUAUCCUGCAUGAAGCAGUCUGACACAAUGUAUGAUAUUUAAAAAAAGAAUUGUUUUUUGUUUUGUAGUGGUUACCUGCCAAUUUAUAGGCUGCUGCUGGUUCUUGUGUUAACGGGACAAUGGGAAAUGAUCCUGCAGACAACCUCUGUAUGCCAAACCUGAUUUUCUAAUCCUCUUCAGUUAUUUCUUUUCCAGGCUAAAGAGACUAUCUACUUUUUCCUCAUAUGGAAAAUAUUCUUUGUAUUUGAUCACCCUCAUUGCUCUUCUCUGAAACCCUUCCAACUCUAUUUUUCUUGAGUGAGGCAGACCGGAGCUGCAUAUGGUAAUCACAAUGCAGCUUCCACUAUGGAUCUAUUCAGUGGCAACACUGUGAUCUGCUCUCCAUUAUUUUCCUAAUAAUUCUUAACAGUCAGUUUGCCUUUUGGGCUGCCCCUGGACACUGAGCAAACAUUUCCAUAGAACCAUGUCUCCAUCUGUAUCUGGUUUUAUCCAGCACAACCCCGAGCCCUCACCCCUGAGGAGGGAAUAGAGCCAUAGCAGCUGGGACUGCAAGUGAAUUCUUGUAAGAAAGAAAGUGUAAAUGCCCCAGAACUUCAGCAGGGUUGAGACCACCUUGCUGUGUCUGAUACCUUCAAGAUUGGGAACAGCUGCUAAACAUCUGACAAAGAAGAAAUGAUGAGUUAAGAUCAGUGUCACAACACUGCAGCCCUGUCCUCUGUCAGGUAUGGCUAUCCUUGAGUACCAGCCCUGCCUGAGCGGCUGCAUAACACCAAGGGAAGACGUCAGGAGCCUCCUACUCUUCACUGAAGCACAACUCGUGGUCAGGUCAGGAAUGGCCCACAUUCGCCUUGUGCUUGGACACAGAGCCUCCUUGAACAAAACACCCACGCCUGUUGAAUAUGGUCACCGUUUCACCACGAUUCCUUCAGAGAUCCCACCUUCACUUACCAUACCAAGCACAAAGGCCAUCGUUACACAGGCCACGGGACUGCUGACAGCCCACAUCACACUGGAACCGGCCCCCGCACUUCAGCUGACACAGCCUAGAGAGCGGCUGGCUUCAUCGCUCAAGCGUUCUGCCGGGUGGCUCCUGGUAACCUUUCACCAUUCAGCACCAGCGCACCUAAGCAGAGAAUGCUGCUGUAGUCCCUGCAGAUAAAUGCUGAAGUUCGGUCUACUACUGAAGAACACAAAUAAUGGCAUGUUCUCUUAGUCCUUCUUCACAUUUCCUUUCUGCAGAUUCACCGAGUGAGCAGAAAGGGCUCGUGCAGUCUGACCUUCUAUACCUGCAGUCAAGAAAAUUUCUCCAUGUUACUGCAUUACUGCUGAAUUCAGUAACUUGUUUAACAAAGGCAGCUUUAGAAGAGCGUUCAACUGGACUUGAAGAAAUCAAGAGAUGGUAAAUGCCGUACUUCCUCCCUUGGCAGUCAAUCCCUUUGCAUCACUCCUACUGGUUUUUUUUUCUCUGAUUAUUGCUGUGCCAAUGGGGUUAAUGAAGCUUUCUAUGCAGCAGCAGUAUCGUCUCAACUUUGUUUCUUCUGAGUUUUCUGCUUUAUCUUUUCUGUAUUUUAGAAUACUUACUUCUUUUUGGCCAGAAAUUUAAGGUUAACCAUAAGGAAAGGAAGUGCAUGAGAAUCCUCUUUUUCUGCCUCUAUUUCUGCAUUCCUGUGUCCAUACACCCUGUGGAGGUUUUCCCGUUAUCUUUUUCCACCUGCUGUUGCCAUUGCUGCUGGUUUGAGAGAAGCCCCCAGAGCCAAUACUGAUGUGGCUGUCCAGGUGUACCACCCAUCUUCCAAUGGCUUUAGUGGAUGUAACUGCAAGAACCACUGAACCAUUAUGUUUUAUGAGCAGAGCUGAGCAACGCUGCUUUUCCUUCACUCACUCCUUCCUUCUUCCAGCAGGAUCUCUGCUUUCUGCUGAUUUCUAGUUCUUGGUUCCUCGUAGAAACAUGUGGCAGCUUAUGUACCUCUCUAACUCACAGACACAGAAGAACAAGAUGCAACUUGCAAUAGCAGUGGUGGAAAUGGUUGACGUGAUGGAGUAAAUACAAGACAGCGCUGAGAAAGGCGUCACCAGCACGUGGGUGUUGCUCUUACCCUUGGUGUUUAGAACUCAACAAGACACAGCCCUGGGUAGCCUGCUCCAGCUGACCCUACCUGGGCAGGCAAGUUGGACCUAAAUGAUCUCAAGAGGCUCCUGCUCGUUAUUUCUGUGACACUGGGCCUGUCCCUCCCAGGGAGCUGGAAAGACACAGGAGGCAGCUGCCCCUGCACUCUUGGUGACAUUCCCAGGCUUCCUCCAGCACUAGCAUCUGUAGUGCUGUGCCAGGGAUGAAUCCAGAUAUGCGGUGUUUGAGCAGCGGGAACGUCAAAGUCAUGGUCUGAGUGCUGAAACCGCAAAGAACCUGGGCAAACUUCCUGCGCGAGUCAUCUUCUCCAUGCGGACCACUGCCAGCACAGACCUGCAGCCCAGCAGUCCCCACCAGACCUCGGUCGCAGCAGACGCAGCUCCAUCUGCCAGGGUGGCCGCAGCAGUUGAAAGGAGGCUCAUCAAACAUGUGAAUUAAAUACACCUUCAUGCAAAGGGUCAGCAUGGAAACUUCUAGCUGCAAACAAGAAGUGUUUCAAAAGGCGUCCAGCCUGCGUAUGACAUGAUCAUGUCCAUGAGCCCCUCAGCCUGCAAAUAUCGAUGUGCACGUAACCUCAGCUCACCUGCUGCACAGGAAUAGCCCCCACCAAGCAGGACUGAAAACCUGAAUAAAGCUUUCAGCCCAAGAUCUCUCUCAGCACGUCUGCAGCAGCUUCCCGAGAGCCCGGAUCACCCUGCUAAGCACAAGCCCAAGGACAGGCGUGUGGCUCAGGGCACUAAAGGGGACAGUAAGAACCAGCACAUGGUCUCCCACUGCAACACAGGACCACCAGAAUUAAAGUCUGCUUUAGAAUCAGUAGCUGGGUGAACAGAGAUGGAGACAAGUCGUCCAAACCUUGUUUUAAAUGUCCUGGCACAUCUCCUGUAACAUUCAGUUUACUCUGCCAUGAGUUAACUCUUAAUGCAUAUGCUUUAUUUCCAGUUUAAGUUUGGCUUGUUUCAUCAGAUUGAGAUGUACUUUCACCUGCUAGAUCUAAGAGCCUUCUGUUAUCGACUCCACAAACCACUUUACGUACAGCUGUGUGAGCAAAUUACCCCUCACUCUCCUCUCCACUAAACCCUGCUGGCAGCAUCACUUGAGUCUUGCAGGCUGAGGCAGUGUCUGUGGUUCCUCUUGGAGCCCUUCCCAGAGCUCCAGCAUCCCCCUGUGCCAGCACCAGGAGCACACGAGCUCCCAUUGCCACCAAGAAACCACAGCUCCUUGUUGAGAUGUGCCUGUCGCCAACUCAGUAAUGAUGUUGACUCCUUAGCCCACAGCUUCCACUCAGCACCCACAAGCCACGGACUAAUCUGCGAGACCACCAGCACGUCUUCCACCAAGCCCCUGCUCCCACGACAGGUCUCUGCACUGCUGGAGCAGUGUCUGUGCUUUGCUCUUGAAAGCUGACCUUAACAUUUUGCAGUGACCUAACAUCACUUGGCACACCACAGCAUCCAGAGUCUGUGUAGUGCUGGGAUGCCUUCUUUGCUGUUUCCCCUUUCCUGUGUGCAUGAAUUUGUCAUUAAUGAGUUAAUCAGUCAUUUCUUUGUUUUCUUGCAUUUGUCAGGUAAAAAUACUUCUCUCUUCUCUGACGUGGGUGCCUCGCAGUUGCUGGAGGAGUUCACCAUCCUCUGUGCUUCUCUGCAUGCUCUAAGAGCUCAUUCAUGUUAAAGUGAUCCCAUCUGGGUUUUACUCCAAACUGAUUUUUUCCUUUCCAUUUGCUCCAUUGCAAGACAUUGGGCACUGGGAAAGAGAUCACACACAGGAACCUACGUGGAGACAACGACGCAGCGUUUGGGGUGAGGUCGGCAGGGGAAAGCAUGUGCACAAACCUGCAGGCUCACCUGUGGUGGCAGUUCCUUAUCUUAAAAGGCACUUCCAGCAGAAAUACUGCACUGGCAAACCAAACCCAUUCCCUCAGCGGGCUUGAUAGUGCCAGUCAAACCAGACAGGAUUCUAGGGGGCUCUGUAUUAUUAGCAUGAGUGUUAAAUACUGAAAUUUCAAUCUGACGUCCAGUGGCUGCUCACAGGCAGCAUUCCCUCCACGCCAUGGAAGGGACAGUAGAAAACGGGCUGUCAAAGAAAGCCAGGUUAAAAUGCAGGAGGAGACUUCUAAGCUGUUAACCAAUUUACAUAGUUGGAGAGUUCGCCUUUUAAAAUACCACUCAAAACGCUUGGGUGCAUUAUGGAGUUGGACCUUAGGACACCUGCACUGGACAUGUCUAGACAACAUCCGAUGAAAAAGCAAAGAAAAUAAGGAUUUAAAGUCUGCCCCAUCCAGCAAUUUUCACGUUUCCCACAUGCAAAAGCACAAUCAUUGCUUUCUGAAACCUGGCCACUUAGGAUGGCUGCUAGGAAAUAACAUCCAGCCACAGAGGAGACCAGUAUCGGUUCCCUCUGAGAAGCAGAACAUCUGACAGAGCCACACACAGCCCCUCAGCUGCCCAGGCGGUGGGUCCGCACCAGGCGGAAGAGCCAGCCUUUGCUCCAGGGCCACUCCAGAUCUGUCCCUGUUACGCAGCUGAUCACAGGCUGGACACGAUGACCUGCAUUUUUGUUAGGUGUCUGGGGGGAUGUUUGCAAACUGCCCCCUCAUGUGCACCGUGGCGGGUUCUGCCAUAGUCGGGGCUGGGCGUUUGGCUGCACAAAGAGCAUCGGGGGCUCUGGCACACCACUGGUAUGUGCAACUACGAUGGCUGGUGCUACACAAGCUAUUUAUGCAUUCACAUGGUUACAAGCAAGACCUUAACUUAUCUCUGCUUCGGCUUCCCUGUGCAAAAUGGGGAUAAUAACACUUGCUCAUUUUGCAGAAGGGCUUUGCAGUUCAGUUCAUGAAUAUAAAGUAGUUUGAGAUCCUCUGAUGGAAGGUGCUGGAGAUGGACAAAGGGGUACUAAUGGCACAAAGCUGACUAAGACCCAAGCACUGGUCUCACCCAGUUGUACUGUGUUUGCUAAUCCGAGUGUGUAAUCAGCGUAUACAUAGGCGACAUGGUGGUUCAGGCUGUGUUAAUACACAGCAACUUCAAAGCACGCUCUCAAUAUGAGCUCACGCUUCCCGAAAGGGGCAGCCAGUAUCUGUGCACACAGCCACAAAGGACUGGCGAUGCACGGAGGAAAAUGGAGCGCUGUCUGCUAGUGGGAGUGCGAGAUGGGUGUAUAUCUACAUACAGCCAUGGUGCUGCUCCUAGGAAUGGAAAACAUCUAAAUCUCCCUCCUCCCUCCACACCUCUGCCCGUCAGCUCCUCCGAAUGAAGUCCCAGCUUUGUUUUCCUGAUUUCCAUUUUGUAUCCUAAAAUAUUCACUCCAAGUUCCGCUUGACAGACAUCCCUAAUCUAAUCUCCAUGUCUGCUUUCUAAUUUUCGCAGUCAGGAUAAAACAAAUUGGCUGGCGUUAAUUGCCUGUGCAGCGGCCUGGAGCUUUGAGCAGUGAUUUACGAGCUCAGAGCAGGCGCUCUGCAACACAUUUUUCUUAAUUUAUUUUUAAUGAGUCUCUCAAUUAAUUUUCUUGGAAACAUCUUAAUGAUGUUGGAGGCGGGUGUUAAUGAGGUUUGUACCAGCGCCUCAUUUUGCAUAUUUUAAAGUACUGAAUGGCAUCACAAGCAAGCUCCUAGUCCUAAAACAGAAAAAUGCUUAAAGCUUGAGAGAAAUACCCUCCUCAACCUAUACUGCUGUCUCGGCUCAGGCUUUCAGGUUGUAUGGGCCUGUUGGUGGCUUUGAAUAUUGGGAAGCUGAAGCCAGCCAAGCCCACAGGGACAGGACGAUGAUGGGCAGUGCUGGGGCAUGGCUGGUGGCCGGCUGCUGCUUAACAGAUGGGAUCAAAGCCGGGACGCAGCACCUGGGCAUGCUGCAGUUCUCCCUAAAGCCCCCAUGCCAGCAUCCCCUGUGACACGGGUGCCCCGACCCCGCAUCCCUCUGGCCAGACUCUUUGGGCAGAAGAACCCCAGGGCACAAGGAUGGGGCUGCCUGGGGCUGGCGGCUCUGGGGUGCUCCAGGGCAUCUCUGCGGGCUCACGGGGUCCCCGGUAAUUGCUGGUGCGUGUGCCGGCGAGAGGCAGCAGCUGGAUCGCCUUUGUUUUCUCUCAGCAUGUCAGUCUUCAUUAAACCGGAGGGGAAUGAAAAAGGAUUCACUUUUGUCCCAGGCAGAACGUGGCAGCUGUUUAAUUUCAAUUAACGUGGUACUGAAAAGAAUAACAUUACGGCAGUAAUUAAAGUGAGACAACUCCCACCCCCAGCACUGUGCCAGGCUGCCUCACCCAGCGGAGGGUCUAAUUUGUCUGCCUCAUCCUCCCAGACACAGGCUGGCAUGGGCAAGCGGCUGUGGGUCAGGGCUGUGGGGCUGCCCCACAGGCUCACAAAGCACUAGAGCAGGGAUGAGACUUACCAAAAGGAUGGGCCACACAUUAGCUGGAGGCAAGGACAGGUAUGGCAGUGGGUCAGAGGUUCCCAGGGACCAGCAGCCAAUGGGCACCUCCAGAAACACCAGCUCCACUGCAGCUCUCCUGCUCCAGGAGGAGGUGGUGGGGUUUGUGUGGCACAGCACAGCUCGGUACAGCACGAUGCGAUGCAGCACAGUGUAGGAAGUUGCACAAUGCAACACGGCAUGGCACGGCACA